AUGCUGUCCAGGGUGAAAGAAGGACGCAUACAAGGAAUUGGAAAUGGUCACCAUCUAGGAGGAGCAUCACUUGGAAGUUUGGGAGGCUGCAUUCACCAGCAUAUAUCAAUUGUGCUUGCUCCUGGGAUGGAGAGAAAUGCGUAUUUGCCCAGAGUCAGAGUUGGACAUAUAGACCCAGGUGCCCCCCAAGCAUUCACUAUUGAUGAGGAAGCCAUUGUAUGGCCUAAUAUCUAUUACCAGUCACUUCCCCUUUCUCUGUGCAAUGACAAUUGUCAUCCAGGUUAUAGAAAGGGCAAGAAGGAGGGGAAGCCACCUUGCUGCUAUGAUUGCCUUCCAUGUCCAGAAGGAAAGAUCUCCAACCAGAAGGACAUGGAUGCCUGCUUUCAAUGCCCAGAUGGACAAUAUCCAAACAAUGGCCAGGAUUCAUGCAUUCCAAAAUAUAUAACCUUCUUGUCUUAUGAAGAAACAUUGGGUCUCGGUUUGGCUCUUCUUGCUCUUUCCUUGUCUUCCAUCACAGCUUUGGUUCUGGGAAUCUUCAUUAUGCACAGGGACACUCCCAUAGUCAAAGCCAACAACCGGAGCCUCACCUACACUCUCCUCGUCUCCCUGCUGCUCUCCUUCCUUUGUGCUUUGCUAUUCAUUGGCCAACCUGGGAAGGCAACCUGCCUCCUCCAGCAACUUGCUUUUGGCUUCAUAUUCACUGUGGCUGUGUCAAGUGUGCUGGCUAAAACCAUCCUUGUUGUCAUAGCUUUCCGGGCCACCAAGCCAGGGUCUAAACUGAGAAAAUGGGUGGGGAAACACCUGGCCACCUCAAUUGUUCUUUCCUGCUGCCUGAUUCAAGCCAUUAUUUGUACUGUGUGGUUGUCCACCUAUCCUCCAUUCCCCUAUUUGGACAUGCACACAAUGCGUGAUGCAAUUGUACUGCAAUGUAGUGAAGGUUCCCCUCUCAUGUUCUACUCUGUGCUGGGCUUUUUGGGUUUCCUGGCCAUUGUCAGCUUCAGUGUGGCUUUCCUAGCCAGGAAGUUGCCUGACAGCUUUAAUGAAGCCAAGUUCAUCACCUUCAGCAUGCUGGUUUUUUGCAGUGUGUGGUUGUCUUUUGUUCCAACCUACCUGAGCACUAAGGGGAAAUACAUGGUGGCUGUGGAGAUCUUCUCCAUCUUGUCCUCCAGUGCAGGCUUACUGGUUUGUAUCUUUUUCCCAAAAAGCUAUAUAAUUAUGGUGAGGCCUGAGUUGAACAACAGAGAGCAGCUAAUACAGAGGAAAAAAUAG